AUCCGUUUUACGAGAUAAUUUUAGGACGUCCAACCAAAAAUGAGGAGGAUCAAACACUCAGGUGGGCCAUAAAAGAGGAAACAGUGGGAAUUCAUUGAUAACCGUUGAAGCAUUCUUAUGGCCAUAAACAUCCUAAAUUUUUUGUAUCAAGCUAUAACUUUGGUGUUUUCACUUCAUACUAUUGGGAAUGACCUUGUAAACGGUUUGGAUAGCAUAUAAACAUCAAGAUGGAGCCCACCAAGGUUUUAACGGUAGAAAUUUCUUUCAUGAAUUUUCCCUCUCGUGUGACCCACUUGAAUGUUUUAUCCAACUCCAUUUUGGUCGAACAUCCUAAAAUUAUCUCGUAAAACGGAUGGACGGGGUGGAUUUCACAAAAACAUCUGGGUGGGCCCCACCCAGUAUCCUUGCGCACGAACUUCCUGCGAAAUCGCAGGAAAUCCGCGUCCGGAGGGACCGAAGGAGAAUAAGAAAGAGCGAGAGAGACAGACACUUGCAGAGGGACCGAAGAAGAGAGAGAGAGAGAGACGCGCACUUGCAGAGGGACCGAAGAAGAGAGAGAGAGACACACACACACACACUUGCAGAGAGAAAGACAAGAAGAAAGAAAAAUUUAAGCCAUAUGAAGAGAUCCAGCAAUAAGGAGCGCAGAAGGAUGAGAAGAAAUGAUGAGAAGAAAGAAGCUGAACAAGUUCAAAAAGAAAGGAUGCCAAAGGACUUGGAAGAGAUCCAACAAGAAAAUACCAACCUAGGUGAUAUGGAGGACAUCUUUGAAAUAACUACAUCCAAAAAGACAGAAAUUGUUGAAUAUAGACCUUGGCCAUACCUUCCAAUAGAUAUUCUAGAGUUGAUCGCAUUGCGUCUCUUUCGAUCUGAUUUUGUUCAUCUGACCUCCUCCUGUAAAAGUUGGCGAUCGAUUGCUCCACUGAGCCUGAUCACAGAACGGCAUCUCUCAUUGCUCACUAGCCGUGGCUUGCCAUUUCUCAGAAAUCACUCGCCAUGGCUCAUGUAUUUCAGGAAAGACGAUGGCAUGUGUAACUUCUUGGAUCCUUUGUACAAUGAGAGAUAUUUCAUCAAUAUCCCAGAGCUCUCUGGUUCAACAAAUUGUUUUUGCAAGGAUGGUUGGGUAUUCAUGCAUAGAGGCAACCACUCUGUGUUCCUUUUCAAUCCCUUUAUCAAAGCAAGGAUUGAACUCCCGGAUAUGAAUUAUGACCAAUUCAAUUGCAUCACCUUCUCAUCCACACCGACUUCUUCAGAUUCCACAAUUAUUGCUCUUGAAUGUAUUACUACUUCUCUUAAAAUAUGCAUUUGUCGUCGUGAGGACAGGUACUGA